AUGCCGGAGGGAUUAACAUGGACGGAUGUUCCUUCUGGAGUUGGAUGCGAUUUGAUUCAAAAAGAAACUGCUACUACCAAAAUAAUACAGCUAGUAGCACUUUCUUUUUGGAGAAGAUCCACAGAAGAAG